GAGCUUUUUUCUAAAAAGAAAAAAAUUCGUGAUCAAAUUAGGGUUACAGGCUCUAUCUCUAGACGAUAAAUAGAUAUCAUAGUUUUGGAAUUAUAUCCUAUAUAAUAUAUCCGGUAAACUGAUUUUAUUUUAUUUCCGAGAUAAAAUGUUGGCUAUAGAAUAAGAUUGAUAGUUGUAUUAUCUUUGAAGACCAAAACGAGAUUUUACAUAUAUUAUAUCUUAUUAGAAUAUUUCAAUCGAAAAAACAAUUUUCAAUGAAAAUAAAAGAUAAUUUGACGUAAAAUCGAAAGUUUUAUUUCAAUGUAAAUGGUUAAUUGUUUAAAAAAGUAAGAGAUUAUCUCGAUAAAUAGUUAACUGUUAGAAAUAAAAUAUCUCUAUUAGAGAAUGAUUUGUUUAUAUUAUAUUUCAAUAUUUUAUAAAGAAUUGAUUAUUGAAGGGUUCUCCAUUCUUUUUCGUCGUUUCGUUAUAUAAUUAUAAUAUUGAAAAAAAAAGAGUGCGCAUGACAUCAUUUAAUAGAAAGAAUUCUCCUAUUGAAAGAUUAGCAAAUCAGACUUAUUUAUCUGAUGAUAAUCGAUCAAAUUCCGAACAACGAUCAAAUCUUGCAGCGUAUUCUUGGAUGAGAUUUUCAUUUUUUAAUUUAAAUAAAAAGACAACAACUUAUUCUAUAUAAGUUUUUUUUCAAUAUAUAUAUAUAUUUAUUUUAAUUAGCAUUUUAAAUAAUUGAUUUAUAUAAUAAGAUGUUUCUCUUGUUUUGUUGUUAUAAUUGUAAUUCUUUUGAAUAUAGUUAUAUUAUAAUAUUAAUAGAUUUAUUUAUAUUAGCGAUUCAAAACUAAAAUAAUAUAUAGAAUUGAUAUAUUCUAUUUAAAAAUAAAAAUAAAUCUCAUUUAUUAUCUUUAUUUAUGUUUGAUUUAUUUCGAUUUAAUAAAAUAGUUUUUUAAUAUUGAAAUAAGGGGAAAAAAACUGAUAAAUUAUAUUCGAAAGAUAUAAUAUAUUCAAAGAAUUAUCUUCAAUAGAAGUCGAAAUAACUCGAUCGAUUUAACUUAUAUUAUACGAAUGGAAGAUAUUUAUUGAAAUAAAUCAAACUCUUAAAUAAAUAAAUGAAAUCUUAUAUUAAUAUAAUAAAUCAUUUCAAUCGUUAGACUAAUAUUUAUAGAAAUAAGAUUUUAUUCAAUUUAUUUAUUUUAAUUUAAUUGAGUUAACCCUUUGCUGAUAUAUUUUUUUUGUUAAAAAUUUUUCUAUAGUUUUAUAAUGAAAUUAUUUUAUGUUAUUAUUGUCGAGUUAAGAUAAUAAUUAUGAAUUAUUGUUUUUUCAUUAAAAAAACUCUUUAUUUAGAAAUAAAAUAUCAUUUGUUUUGAAGAAUAUUCAAACUUUUAAAAAGAAUUUUUCAAAUUUAACCAAACGCUUUGUAUUAUUUAAAUAGAUUCAAAGAAUAGUUUUCAUAUUCGUAGAAUUAAAAAAACCAAACUUUCAUAUUAAAUCUUUAUUGUUAUUUUUUCAAAGCUAAUUUAAAUAGUUAACUAUCUCCUUGCAUUUGGUCAAAAAUUCGUUAGUUAUUAUAUAAAUCGGUUUCUAGAUGAAUCUAUAUUGAUUAUCUUAUUAUAUAUAAAGAUUGAUAACGAAGAUUAUUAUUAUUUUAAUAAUCUAUCCUAGAAAUAUUAUAUUGAUCUGAACAAUUUUGGCACAAUUUAUUUCUCUCUACUGAACGAUCGCUAACAAAUGAUUAAUAUUUCAUCCGAUUUGAACUUGUUUUGUCGAAAAUCUAUUUUUAACUGCUAGAUAGAAACGUUCUAUAAGACGAAAUAAUGAUAAAAUAGUUCGAAUUAUCGAUUAAAAAUUUCUAAGGAAAUAAAUUUAAUCGAUCCUUAUAAAAAUGUUUUGAAAAUAAAUUUAUUUGAAUAGGAUAUUUAUCGAUAUGGUUAAACAAAGAAAUUCGAAAAUAAAAAAUGAAAGUAUUUUGUUUUUUUUAAUAUUUAUUAAUAUAGAAGUGAUGAUGUACCUGAUUAAUACAAUCGAGUUCGUUAUAUUUCAGAUUCUUGUAAAGUAUUGUCUGAUCUUUGGAAAAUAAAUAAAGAUUUUGUAAGUGAAAUAAAAGUAUUGAUAAGGAUGUAUCAAAGUCAUUGAAAGAAUUUCGUUUGAGUGAUGUUGCACGUUGUUAUCGUUCUCCAUAUAGAACAAACGGUACUUUAUCGAUUUUAAAUCAAACAGUUGAUGAUUUAAUUCAAAUACAUGAUUUUAUUGAUUCAAAAAGACAAGAAUGGCUUAAACAAUUUAAAAAGAUUAUCGAACAAGCUCGAGAUAAACAAGUAUUUAUUUAUUUAUUGAUUUAUUUCUAAUAUAAGUCAACUGUUCGUCAAACAAUGACUGAACUAAGAGAUAAUUAUGAAAAAGCUCAACGAAAAUUAGAAACAGUUGAUGCCAAUUUAAAAAAAAAUGUUUAAAUGAUUCUUUGAUUUGUUCUACUUCUCAUUUCAAAAUAUAAUGUGCUCCAUUGUUUUCUUUUGAAUAACUUUUGAUAGGAACAUCAUAGAGAUCUUCGGCUUUCACCAUUCAAGAGAGAAGAUCUGGAACCUUGUAAAAUUCUCGCCAAGAACUUAUCCAAUUAGCCAAUGAAAUUUUGAUAUAUUUCGAUUGCUUUGGAUCUUCUCUUUUGAAUGUUGAAAACUGCAGGUUUCUGUAAUAUUCCUAUCACAAGUUAUUUAAAAAACAACGGAACACAAUAUAUUUUGAAAUGAAUAGUAGUUAUUAUCGUUAAGAAAAGAAGUCAAAAAUACUGCAUUUCUAAACGUUUUGCUUUCACUUUACUUAUUACAGUUAAUAAGAUCAUUUUUCUUGUCGUUCAAUAUGGGUAAGAUAAAUGGAUAUAGUAAAAAAAUAACUUGUAUUGCUUUAUUUUUUUUUGACGAAUUUUCUUAUAUUUUUUGUUCCUAAUACAAACAAUUGAAUGUCAAUUAUUAUUAGUAUAAAAUGAGUUUUACUUAUUUAGAACUCGACAACAAGAUUUCUAUGAUCAAUAUUCAUCAUCAUACAAUGAUUCACAUUAUUGGUAUGAAAAUAAUUCAAAUUCAUAUGAUAUUUAUGGUUCAACACUGGUGGAAAUUCCUCAAUUUCAACAUCCAUCUCAUACACUUUUACAACAAAAUGGUUUUAUUCAACAAGUUUAUCUUAAAUAUAAACAAGAAUGUCUUGAUGAACGCGUUAAACUUGUUCCUGGUCAAUCAAUGGAAAUGAAUACACGCUAUCGUUUUUAG